CAUUCAUUCAUACGAGACCCGACCCGGCGUAGGCCAACGACUGACUGCUACUGACUGACGGGUGCUGAUGCUGUGAGCGAUAUUGUGUUUGUUUGAUUGUUGGUUGGUUGGUUGGUUUGUUUGUUUGUUUGUUUAGAUCACGAGAACGAGGGUGGGGGUGAGAAGGAAAGAGAGAGAGGGAGGGAGGAAUGAAGGAAGAGUGUAGAGUAUAGCUGCAGGUGGGGAGAGUGAGCAAAGGAGAGCUGCAGAGAGCAGAGAGGAGGGGGUGGUGUUGAAGUGGUGCACGGUUCGUAGCAGAGCAGACAGACAGAAAGACAGACAGGCAGAGGCGGGGUGCUUUUUGUGGCAGAGGGGGCGCAUGGCAGAGUGAGUGAGUGAGAGAGAGAGAGAGAGAGAGAGAGCGAGCGAAAGAGGGGGACGGGACGAGAGCUCGAUUUGAUUUCGGGUCUGGCAGAAGAGAAAAGAGGAAGGAAGAGAAGGGGACGGGGAAUGGGAUGGAGGGUGGAAGCUAUGGCCAGCUGAAGUGUACUGCUGCUGCCUACAGGUGGAGGAGAGCCAGCAGCGGUUGAAGCAGCUGAAGGAAGGAAAAUAGGGAGGAAGACAAACUCACCCACUCACUCACUCCUCCCGAAGCUUUAGGGUAUGAGCAGCUCUCGUCGCCUAGACCCAAACUUCCUUCUUCCAGGAUACAAGAGAAGACACGAAGCGCCGAGGCCAAGCGCUUUUGUCCGUCCGGAGGCGAGGGGCUUGCAGUCGGGCCUGACUUGUCCUUAGCUUUGCCUUGAUCACUUCCUGAUUGACAGGGACGAAAAGUGUCAGCAGCAGCCACUUGUGCAGAAGUCGAGUUUGAAUACUGGUCCCCCGUUUCCAGAACCUGGUGCUCCCGCUCUCCUUGGCCUGUACGAGGAAUACGUUCUCUUGAUCCUUCUGCGUCUCAUCAGCCUAUUCAACAGCGUAAGCGAAGGAAGGGAAGGGAAGGGAAGGGAAGCGAAGCGAUUAAGGGAGCACGGAAGCUGCGCAAGUACAAUGGUGGUCCUCGGACGGACGAAGACCAGGGAGACCUGAAAUGUCUGCGCGUCUGUCUGCCCAGUGGACGAUGUCUGUCUGUCGAUGGAGAGUCAAAGUGCAGGAGAGGACUAGAAUUAUGGCUUGCGGCUAGAGAGCACGCGAGUAUUUGCUGCGUGAUUUGAUUGGAGACAGACGGUCGAUGGAUCAGAAGCGUGGAGGAGGAAACGCGUUUGAUUUGACAAAGUUUUGCCAUGGUCAUCAAACCACGAUCUUCAGUCUCACUCUCUGAGCUGAGCGCCGCGCUGCACAAUCCUCCUCCCACUGCUGCUGCUGCUGCCAGCGGAGAUCAAGCAGGGAGCAAACUAUGGUAGUUUUUGAGUCCGGCGAGGUAGACCAGCGAAGGGCGACGGCCAACGCUGAAUCGCGAAGCGCAGAAACGUGGUUGAAACGAUCUCAAGAGCUGGCGAACAUUGUGGGGGCGGAUGCAUCAGGAGUGAAGGCAUUUCUGGGAAGAUGGAAGACGAUCAGGGGGCGAUUGCUGCAGCUGCCGGCGCUGCUGACAGAGCUGGCGGCGACGCCGUGCUUCAUGCAGAACGCGCUGAUUCUGGAGCUGCUGGAGGCCAUCGUCGAGAGCCUGGAGGAGGCGAAGGCGCUGGUGGAGAAGUGCACGGAGCUGAGCUACGUGGGCAAGCUGCAGAUGCAGAGCAAUCUGGACGCGCUGGCGGCCAAGCUCGACCUGCACAUCCACGACGGGCAGCUGAUGCUCAAGAGCGGCGUGCUGAAGGAGGCGCCGGUGACGCCCAAUCUGGCCACUCCGGAGACGAGCCGCGAGGCCAUGCGCUGGAACAUCCGCGACCUGCUGGCGCGAUUGCAAAUCGGCAACACUGAGUCGAAGCAGAAGGCGCUGGACACUCUGGUCGACCUCAUGUACGAGGACGACAAGAACGUGCUGUUCGUGGCCAGCCAGGGCGGCAUCCCGGCGCUCGUGCACCUGCUCGACGUCUCGCUGCCCUCGCUGCGCGAGAAGGCGGCGGCGGCCAUUUGCAGCCUGGCGCUCAACGACAGCUGCGAGCAUCUGGUGGUCAGCGAUGGCGCCAUUGCGCCGCUGGUGCGCCUGCUGGAGUCGGGAAGCUCCCUGGCCAAGGAGAAGGCGGCCGCGGCGCUGCAGGGUCUCGCCUACACAGCGGAGAAUGCUCGCGCCGUCGCGGCUCAUGGUGGCAUCCCGGCGCUUAUCGAGCUCUGUCGCAUCGGGACGCCAGGGGCGCAAGCCGCAGCCGCUGGCGCAAUCCGGAACCUGGCCGGAGUGGUGGAGCUGCGGACGAGCGUGGCGGAGGAGGGCGCAAUCCCGAUCAUCAUCAACCUCGUCACCUCAGGGACAGCGCUAGCGCAGGAGCACGCGGCCGCAGCGCUGCAGAACCUGGCGCUAAGCGACGACUCGAUGCGCCAGGCCAUUUCCAAGGAGGGCGGGAUUCAGCCGCUGCUGCGCUACCUGGACAGCGCCUCGAGCCCGAGGGCGCGCGAGAUCACGGUCGAGGCGCUGCGCAACAUCGCGGCCAGCCCGGCCAACUCCGACUCGCUCAUCGAGGCCGGGUUUCUGCCGCGCCUGGUGACGGUGCUGCGCUCGGGGCCGCUCACGGCGCAGCAGUCGGCCGCCGAGGCCGUGUGCCAUCUGGCCUGCACCAGCGAGACGCGCAGAGCGCUCGGCGAGGCCGGCAUCAUCCCGCCGCUGGUGCGCAUGCUGGAGGCGAAGACGAGCUCGGCGCAGGAGUUCUCGGCGCAAGCGCUGGCCAGCCUGCUGCAGGUCGAGAGCAACUGCAAGGAGUUCAUGCACGAGGAGCAGGGCAUCGCCGGCCUCGUGCAGCUGCUCGACGUGCGCAACACCACCGUCUCCAAGCAGUUCCCCAUCGCCGCGCUCUCUGCUCUCGUUGGCACGGCGCGCUGCCGCAAGCAGAUGGUGGCCGCCGGCGCCUGCCUGCAUCUGCGCUCCCUGGCCGAAGGCGAUGUCAGCGGCUCGCGGCGCCUGCUCGAGCGGCUGGAACGAGGCAAAUUGCUUAGAAUAUUCAGCAGGAAACCUUCAUCGAAAAAGCUUGGUGGAUCAUGAACGCACAAACUGUGCUUCUGCUGCCGUGGUUGGUAUUCACAGCUGGAGGCCAAGGGAUAUCACAGCCAAUGCUGUCAAGCGCCUCAGCAUUGUGGGGUCGGGUGCAUGCCUUCCGUGCGUAUCAACAUGGCAACGUCCUCACGGGAGCUAGACAUUGAGCUCGAGCAACUCAACAUGUCCACGCCGUUUGUAAAUGAAUUUUAGCGGCAUUCGCUCCCUUAUGCUGUCCUCAGUCCUGUUUCCAUAAGUAUGUGCUCCUGAUAUAGAAGAACGACCUAGGAUUUCGUCUUACAGACUACCAUCUCUUUGGCUGAUCCUCAUUCCUUGGACGUGGUGGAGUCUCGAACUGCAACAACAACGUUGGCGCCCUCAGAUCAGCGGCCUUAUUACUGAAAUCGGCCACGAGAGAAAAUAUUGUCUACAUUGCUGGGACGUAGUAGAGGGUUCGGUUCGAUGCUUCCCACCUUGAUCGUGAAAGUUCGAAGGCUCAAUCAAAGGAUGGUUCACAGAGGGCUUCGGUUUUGCUAAGAGUUAACGUGGCCAGUCAGCCUGCCUGCCUGCCUGCGAGCAAGCUAUAGAGAGGUAGCAACGAGCUGCUGCUGCCACUCACACCAUUGUAUUAUGUAUCAUAUUGAUAUCAAGUUUAGGUAAGGCGUCUCAAGUAGAUAAUCUGCAGCUCAGUCAGUAGUCAGUAGGAGGAUAUCACGAUAAGAUGUUAAAUUGAGUAAGGUUUUGUGGUAGUUGACGAGUCGGAUCUGAAAACAGUCCCCAUCAACUAUAUACCAAUUCGCAAAAGAAUGAAACUUCUAAGGAAGAGCAGCUGAUGGAGGAUGGAGCGUUAUUUUUAGAAAUCUCUACAGAGUAGAACAAGAGAUGACGACAUAGCUGAUGAUUCACUACCGUUUGACGAUAGUAGGACAAAUUCUGAAAUUCUUGUUGCUUUUCGCCUUGCCUGUUGUAAUUACCAGUAAAGUCUACGCGCUCGAUUGCAACA